AUGGCGACGUCCCAGGCAACGAUGAGUGAUGCUGAGCUAGCUCAGCAUAGGAAACGUCAGCGUCUUAUAUCAGCUGCCAUGUGCUUGCGAGCGAGGCGUUUGUCUGCCGGAAUGCAAUUUGAGCUGGACAUUGAGGUGGAAACAAGCAUAUCAAGUGAGAUUGAGCAGCGGCUAAACUCAAACGAGUUUAUCGUAGCCGCUAUUAUGGCCAGCAGUUUGUCCAAAGCGCAUCGACGCCGGUACCUAGUGGAAUCGCUUCCGACUCUCGAGCGCGAGAACACGGAAAUGCGGGACGCGAUAACACCCGAGAAACGAGUGGCUGUUGGCCUCUACAGAUUGUGUUCAACGGCAGAAGAUAGGACGAUCGGACAUUUGUUUGGCAUAGGGCGCUCUACUGUGAACACCAUUUUCAAAGAAUUCUGCGAUGCUGUCAUUAUGCACCUUGAAGGCCAGUGGCUGUGCAUGGUGCGCCCACACGAGAUGCCGCAGCAUAUGCGGGAGUUCCAUGCUGCGAGUGGAUUUCCGCACGCUGUUGGCGCCCUAGACGGCUGCCACUUUCCAGUGUCGCCACCGAAGCAGCAUGCUGCUGACUACUACAACUACAAGGGGUGGUACAGCAUCAUACUCCUUGCAUUGGUUGACCACUUGUACCGUUUCAGGUACAUCAACCUGGGGAGCCCUGGGAGGUGCCAUGACGCUCACGUGUACGGGCGCUCAAGACUGUGUGCUCUCGUUGAUGGCGAAUACUUUCGUUCACACGUGACCACUAUUGAAGAAACGCCUGUCGCACCAGUGAUAUUAUGUGAUCAGGCAUUCCCCCUCACAACAAACCUCCUCAAACCGUUCCCAAACCCACCAAAAGAAACACCACAAGCUGUGUUCAACUAUAACCUCUCGAGAACGAGGAGAGUUGUAGAAAAUGCAUUUGGGAGACUGAAAGCACGUUUCAGGUUUGUUAUGAAGCGUAUGGAGUGUCGUCUGCCUACCGCGAAGCGUGCUAUCAGGGCUGCGUGCAUACUGCACAACGUUUGUGAGGCCCUCAAGGACAACGUGGAGCACGAGUAG